UUAGCUGCACACAUGCCGAGGCUUCAUUUGCUGUAAUGCACACUUGAACGGUAUCUUUUGAUAAAAGAAGAAACAACAAAUCAGACAGAAUGCUUUUUCUUGCUAUCUUCGCUGUUAUUGCAGCCUCUGCUAUUGCUGACUCUGAGACUCAGAGCUAUUCCUACUCCCCUCCUGCGGGUUCAGGGAGUGGCUCUCCGUUCAGUAUAAUUGGGGAGGGAAGAAUCACAGCUGUACGAGUGUGGGAGUCGUCCUACAUACGAGGCUUCCAGUUCCGCUAUGGCUUCACCUGGUCUUCCGUUGCGGGUUCGACAUCCGGCCAGCUACAGGAGAGGGAGUUGUCUGACGGUGAAGCCAUCAUUCAGAUUUCUGGGAUGUACAGUCACUACGUGCAGUCAGUGGUGUUUGUAACUAGCAAGGGCCGCCAUUUUGAAGCAGGCCAGCCCUCAGGCACUUCAUUCAACAUGUAUCCCAGCCACAAGGGUGCCGAGCUGGUCCACAUCAGUGGCACUACCCAUGGAGGAAUCACCUCCAUCGCAGCACUCUGGGGUCGAGUUGAUACAUCUGCUACUCACACUGAGCACUGAGAAGUAGAGCUUGCCUGAGGAGAUGCUACCAUUUAACCAACAACUUGGCCAAACCUAUGUAUGAAAAUGAUGGUUUAUUUCAGAAUGUAAUUCCUCUGUUCUGCGGUGCAACAUUUUAACAUUACAAAUCUGCACAUUUGCACUUUUGCUUGCUGAAGUGCUUUUGGAAACAUAUUUUUUUGUUAAAUCUUUGUUCUGAUGAAUGUAGGGUGGAGAGAACUUGACUAUUCCUACUUAAACACUCAAAUUAUUUCAAAACACAUAUCUGAGCAACAACUCAAAUUCACAUUAUGUUGCUACUUAUGCUAAUUAAACAUAGCUGACAUUGCUCGUAGCUUCUUGAUUUCUGUAUGAGCCAGCGAUGUGAGCCUCCCCUGACAUACUCCAAUGUAACGGAAAAAAAACUAAAUAAUAAUAAUAGUAAAAUGUCUCCACUGAUCUGUGUUGUAAAUGUGAUUUCUGUAUGAUUCCAAUCGCUUUUUAUUGGAGCUCCGCUACAACAUUCAGUACCAGUGUGUGAGGUUGUGGUUACGAUGGCGAUAUCCGGACGCGUACAGUGAGGACUACAAAAAGACAAACGAGGUCACUGAGGAUGUCUGUUCAAAACAUUGCGAGCUCGAAUAAAGCAUUUA